UUAAAUAAUGAGUUAAAUUUAUUUGAACUAAACCAAAUAAAUUCCUAUCAACAGGUUUCGUGUUGGAAUCAGAAUAAAACCCUAAUAAGUUUCCGUUCUCUCUCUUUUUUUUUUCCUCUAAUUUUAAAAUAAAUCUCUCUUUCUUGAGAAACACCCAAUUAUUCGCUCGCUGAUAUUGACCCUAGUUGAUCAAUCAAUCAAUCAAUUCUAUUUGAAACCCUGAAUUUCCCCAAAUUUCAUUUUUCUCUCUUUGGCAAGGUGUUAUCGAGGCUCCACUGUCACCAUGGCUAAAAGCUCCUUCAAACUUGAACAUCCUUUGGAGAGGAGGCAGGCAGAAGCUGCUCGCAUCAGAGAGAAGUAUCCUGAUAGAAUACCUGUCAUUGUAGAAAAGGCUGAAAGAAGUGAUAUUCCUGAUAUUGAUAAGAAGAAAUAUCUUGUGCCAGCUGAUUUGACUGUGGGGCAGUUUGUGUAUGUUGUCCGGAAAAGGAUUAAGCUUGGUGCUGAGAAGGCUAUAUUUGUGUUUGUGAAGAACACCUUGCCCCCAACUGCUGCAUUGUUGUCUGCAAUAUAUGAGGAAAAUAAGGAUGAAGAUGGUUUUCUUUACAUGACUUACAGUGGAGAGAAUACCUUUGGACUCCAAGAGUAACGGAGUCCAUCUUUGCAAAUGAACCUGGAAAAUGUAAAUUCUUAGAAUUCUAUUGCAUCUCAUGCUCGGACUUCCUCAUUUUAAUUUGGUUUUAAGCAGUUGUAUGACUUGAAGAAAUUGACUUGAUUUAUAUGCAACUGAAUGCUUUGAUUAAAUGGAUUAAGCUCUAAAUUUUUCAUUGCCA